CACAAUGAGGUGCUGUGUAGACUCAGGAAAAGGCUGGUCGGUUGUCGUCCCAGUCGUCUGCCUGACAUUUACUGUAGAGUGCUGCAGUAAGUGAAGAGAUGACGAGGACGUCCAGAUUCAUGGACCCUUCCUCCAUAGGCCCAGCGGAGGAGGAAUUCUCACAAAGUCCAGAAUCAAGAUGGAUUCGAAAGCGAGUAAAGAUGCGAGAGUGCGCAAGAUUUGUGGCUGCAGAUCAGAAAUAUGAUGUAAAAUCUUACAAAGAAUCUGUGUGUUUAUGUGGGUUACCUUUCUUCAAACACAAUCGGUUUGCUUCUAUUGCGGUACCAUCGGCGGUCACAUGGUCAUGGAAAAGAGACACAAAUGUUCUGCCCACUGAUGCUUUUGGAGAGAUAGAAUUCGUAGGUUAUAAUGAUAUUCAAAGAAAGUAUGUUCGCAUCGAUGCAGAAACGAACAUGCGGGAUGUACUUCAACUUUUGCUUAAAGUCUGGGACAUCAAAAAGCCAAACCUACUCAUUUCUGUCACCGGCGGUACAGAAAACUUCCGAAUGAAAUCCAAGUUGAGGGACAUCUUUCGCAGAGGAAUAAUCAAAGCUUCGAAAAGCACAGGUGCUUGGAUUGUCACGGGUGGCAUUAACACCGGCGUGAAUCGGUAUGUUGGUGAAGCGAUAAGAGACUACUGGUUGACCACCACCUCUACUGUACCAACGGUAACCCUUGGGAUUACAACAUGGGGUUGCGUGAAAAAUCGAGAAGACUUGAAUGAUGCUUUUGGUUCCGGUUUGUGGCCGGCAACCUACACAGUCACGCCAGCCAGCGAUCGGAUAGAAAAAUGUCUAGACCCUAAUCAUACUCACUUCAUACUGGUGGAUAAUGGAACUAAUAAUCAACCUGGGGCAGAAGUAAAAUUUCGGGCAACAUUGGAAAGGGCUAUCGCUAACAUAAAAACCGGAAACUCUCAAGAUGAUGUUCUUGUUCCGAUGAUAAAACUGUUGAUUGAGGGUGGACUUGAAUCACUGGAAAGUGUACAGGAAUCCAUCAGAAAUGAAAUUCCGGUGGUUAUCGUAAAGUGGACCGGUGGGCUUGCAGACCUGCUGGCUUUGAUAUAUGACAGUGCCAAGGUAGAAUACAUAACAGAAAUAAAUGAUGGUCGCUCCAGAAUCAGGUCGCGUUCAGUGACAGAUUCCAUGUUACCCAAGAAAGUGAGAAGGGCCAUUGAAGAGACUCUGGGAGAUGGAAAUGUGGAAUCCCAUUGGAAAAUCCUCCGUGAAUGUGUGCUUCGGCGAGAACUCGUCACCGUGUUCGACUAUCGGAGCACACUGGAAAUAGACGUGGCUAUUCUGAAAGGUCUGCUGAAAGCAAAUAAAGACCAAAUCUUUGACCAGCUCAAACUGGCACUGGCCUGGAACAGAAUAGACAUUGCGAAGAGUGAAAUAUUCACGGAGGACAAAAUAUGGCCUCUUGGUAGUCUAAAUGAAAUCCUGCACUCUGCCAUUACGCAGGACCGUGUAGAUUUUGUGGAUUUGUUGCUGGACAACGGUAUAUCACUCAAAGACUUUGUCACAACGGAAAGACUGCUUCUGUUGUAUAAUGUUGCACAAGAACACUCCCUUCUGAAGGAACUUAUCUUUAGGGUUAAACGAAAGCACCAUACCAGCGGUGAAAGAAUUACAAUAAAAGACAUCAAAAGACUGAUCAAACUGCUGAUAGACAUCAAUGUGGAACCUUACGCAAGUCGUCCAGCUCACCAGACUGUACUGGUCGAGAGUAACAGGAAGAAAGAAUCCAAGUUCCCUUUUGAGGACCUCUUUUUAUGGUCCGUUCUUAUGAAUCGGCAAGACAUGGCAAAGUUGUUCUGGAAACAAGGAAAGGAUGCUACAGCCUAUGCACUGCUGGCGUUUGGAAUUCUGAAUGCCAUGGCGACCAAGACAGACGACACGGAAUUGCGUAACAGUCUGAUCCGGAAUGCAGAGGAAUUCGGGGAUCUUGCUGUCGGCGUUCUAAAUGAAUGUUUUGAAGCUGACGAAAGGAAGACCAACUUUUUACUGAUUCGACGUCACGAGCAGUUUGAUGGCGCCAAUUGUUUGAAAAUAGCUGUGAAGUCCGACAAUAAGCAGUUCAUAUCCCACCCCGCCUGCCAGGAUUUCUUUCGGGGUGUUUGGAUGGGACAACUGACCCCAGAAAAUGGAACCUUCAGGCUCCUUAUAUCGCCUGUUUUCUUGGGAAUAUUUCUUCUUAAAGUGAAAGAUGUAUUUUACUAUGCGAAAGAUGAGAAUGCACCGCGGAUCUCUUUGGAAUCGGACGUAAAUAUUACAGUCAAACAAACUACUCUGGAACGGCGGAUGAAUAUUAAAAGAACAACCUCUGAUGCAACUGCUGCAGUAUCAACAUCCGAGAGCAACAAGGAAUUGAUAUCAAGAAACAAUAACGAAAUGGAGGGGUACUCAAAAAAGAAAUUACAAGGAAUACGAUGGCAGUUGCACAGAAUCGGGAGUAUAUACACAGCUCCUGUCAUGAUCUUUGCACACAGUGUGAUUGCCUACUUUGUUUUCCUGGCGAUAUUUAGUUACAUGCUACUGGUGGAGUUUGAUGAACACGUCGGAAAAUACGAAAUUCUCAUCUUCAUAUGGGUUAUUACCUUAUUGAUAGAGGAAAUGCGACAAUUCUGUUCGACUUCACAAAUUAGACAAAAUGAAGAAUUCACCAGAGUGGCAAUUUGGCAGAAAUUCCUGAAGAAGAAAAAAGAAUACUGGAGUGACAGCUGGAACAAGGUGGACGUGUUGACCAUUGGACUCUUUAUACUGGCGGCCGUGCUACGAUUCUUCCCAGCCACUAUCACAGAGGCGCGCAUUGUGUACAGCUUCUGCCUGAUGUCCUUCUUCUUCCGGAUUCUCCAUAUUUUCACAGUCCAUAAAGAGCUCGGACCAAAGAUUAUCAUGAUAAGAAGAAUGAUGAUUGACCUGGUGUUCUUCCUGAUCAUCCUAAUGGUGUUUGUGGUGUCCUACUCCAUUGCAACGUACGCCAUCAUGUUUCCCAACUCGGUGCUCAGCUACGCAUUGGUCAAACAAAUCCUGCGAAAGGGAUACUGGACUUUGUAUGGGGAGUUGUUCCUAGAAGAGUAUGAAGAUACAUCACCGGCAAGGUAAAGCAACACUUAUUGACCUAUGCAUGGUGCUUACGGCCGUAGCAAUGGAUAUAGAAGGUUCUUUACUAUUCCAACGUCUACUGUGACACGGAACCUCCAUUUUCAAAGUCAUUUCCGAAAGACCAUUUAUCGCCGGGAUCGAGAUUUGAACCUGGAACCUUCCGCUUGCGAAGCGAGCAUCCUAAACCCUAGGUUACUGCAGCCGGAAGUUCGGAAUAUGAUUGUGUGGGCUAUCGUAUUCCUGUAAUGGUGUAAAAUGUAAUCUUUGAAUAGUUUGCAAGACAUAUAGACCCUUGGGAUUAAUUUUGUUCGUUGUAUGUUUGUCCAUCUAUGUGUUUGUCAAUAUGGCAACCACAGAAACUUUUUAAGAGCUACAGUGAACAUGUGUGUUUAGAGUGCAUUCCUUGAGGUGCAUCGCAACAGACAUUUGAAAUUCAAUAGUGUUGAAGAUCCUAGAUAAUAAAGUUCUAGUUCCAAGUAGUCAAUUUGAUCAGACAUAUAUGUACUUUUCAGUAUAUUUUCGUGCAAAUGUGAGAAGCACUCUGUACCCAAAAGUGCUGGUGGUGUAAAACAGGCAUGGAAGAUAGAUACAUUGUGUUAGCUGUGCAUAGAACGAACAAUGACAUCAAAUAUCAAAUUUAUUUUCAUGAACAGAAAUUACAUCUGUAUAUAAUACACAACGUAUCUAAGUUUUUGUUUCUGGAGGCAACAUCUCUCUCUCUCUCUCUCUCUCUCUCUCUCUCUCUCUCUCUCUCUCUCUCUCUCUCAAUUCUUAUAACGUUUGUUUUUUCUAGUCCAAAUUUUCAUCGUAUGGCUUUUUAAAAUGUUAAAUUCCACACAGAUUCAAUAUACCUGUUGUUUCAGAUUUUGGGUGCACGUGUUCUAAAGUACAUGUAACACUUAACGUUUUAUUAGCUCACCUGAACCGAAGGUUCAUGUGAGCUAUUCUGAUCACAUUUUGUCCGGCGUCCGUCUGUCUGUCUGUAAACUUUUCACAUUUUCGACUUCUCCAGAACCACUGGGCCAAUUUCAACCAAACUUGGCCAAAAGCAUCCUUGGGUGUAGGACUUUCAAGUUUGUUCAAAUGAAGGGCCAUGUCCCUUUCAAAGGGGAGAUGAUCACAAAAAUGCAAAAAUAGGGUGGGGUCAUUUAAAAAUCUUCUUCUCAAGAACCACUGGGCCAGAAGAGCUGAAAUUUACCUGAAAGCUUCCUGACAUAUUGCAGAUUCAAGUUUGUUCAAACCCUGGUGGUAGGAUGGGGCCACAAGGGGGGAUCAAAGUUUUACAUACAAAUAUAUAGGGGAACACUUUAAAAAUCUUCUUCUCAAGAACUACUAAGCCAGAAAAGCUGAGAUUUACAUGAAAUCUUCCUGAUAUAAUGCAGAUUCAAGUUUGUUCAAAUCAUGGGCCCCGGGGGUUGGAUGGGGCCACAAUAGGGGAUCAAAGUUUUACUUACAAAUAUAUAGGAAAAAUCUUUAAAAAUCUUCUUCUCAAGAACCACUAAGCCAGAGAUUUAUAUGAAAGCUUUCUGACAUAGUGUAGAUUCAAGUUUGUUCAAAUCAUGGUCCCCGGGGGUAGGAUGGGGCCACAAGGGGGGAUCAAAGUUUUACAUACAAAUAUAUAGGGAAAAACUUUAAAAAUCUUCUUCUCAAGAACCACUAAGCCAGAAAAGCUGAGAUUUACAUGAAAACUUUCUGACAUAGUGCUGAUUCAAGUUUGUUCAAAUCAUGGCCCCCGGGAGUAGGAUGGGGCCACAAGGGGGAUCAAAGUUUUACAUACAAAUAUAUAGUUAAAAUCUUUUUCUCAAUAACCACUGAGUCAGAAAAGCUGAUAUUUACAAGAAAACUUUCUGACAUGGUGCAGAUUCAAGUUUGUUAAAAUCAUGGCCCCCGGGGGUAGGAAGGGGCCACAAGUGGUUUUUUUUAAAAAGUUUUACAUACAAAUAUAAGAAAAAGAUUUUAAAAUCUUCUUCUCAAGUACCAUUGGGCCAAAGAAGUUGACAUUUACAUGAAAGAUUUCUGACAUAGUGUAGAUUCAAGUUUGCAAAGGGUAGUUUGGGCCAUAAUAGGGACUAAGGUUUUACAUAUAUGGAAAGUCUUCAGAUAUGGGCCAAGGUGACUCAGGUGAGCGAUGUGGCCCAUGGGCCUCUUAUUACAUAUCAACUUCGCCAAUUAAUAAGCAGAAAAAGGGAAAGUAUGAUUGUUUACAAGGUAGCUAUAUAGGAAAUAAAAGAGAUUAGAUCUACAUCUCAACUUGAACGGAAAUGACGAUGUUCAUAUUAUUCUGAGUACCUUGAAUGUAGUAACUUUAAUUUAUAACAUAAUUAGAUUGUUGAGAUUCUUAUUUUGUCGGUGUCGUAAAGUUUUGGUUUUAGUCAAGGAAAA